UUUGUUACCAGAAUUCAGUUUUUCGCUUGUCUCUCAUGCAUUGCUAUUUCAAGUGCAUAUUUUGCUUCAGUAGACUCCCCAAUAGCUCCUGGAGAUCGACCAGUUUCUGGAGCAAUAUCUGCUUCUGUACACUCAGGACAUGCUGGUUGUAUGGAAAAUGACUUUCGUUGCAACGAUGGUAAAUGUAUCUUACUGGAGUGGAAAUGUGAUGGAUCUGGGGAUUGUCCGGAUGGAGAGGAUGAAAAAGACUGUCCUCAUCCCGGAUGUAAAGCCGAUCAGUGGCAGUGUGAUCGAUACGAGUGGCAUUCCGUGUCUUGUAUUGCAGAAUAUCAGCGUUGUGAUAACAUCACUGACUGUGCUGACGGGUCAGAUGAGAUCGACUGCCCUGCACCUGCUGUUUCAUGUAAUGUCAAUGAUGGAUCAGUAUUUCAAUGCGCUGAUGGGAGGCAGUGCUUUGACAUAUCUAAAAAAUGUGAUGGUAUUUACGACUGCAGAGACUUGAGUGAUGAAAAGGAUUCCUGUCCACAUAACCACACAGCAUGUUUCCAAUAUCAGUUCCGAUGUGCAGAUCGUUCGCAAUGCAUUCAAAAAUCUUGGGUCUGUGAUGGCUCCAACGACUGUGCAGAUGGUUCGGACGAACCAUCAACUUGUGAGUUCAAACAGUGCAGUGGCAGUGAUUUCCAGUGUAAGAACAAAAGAUGCCAGCCAAGGAAGUUUCGUUGUGAUUAUUAUGAUGACUGCGGUGACAAUUCUGAUGAAGAAGGUUGCGGACAAUAUCUCUGUCCACCGCAGCAAUGGAAUUGUCCAGGAUCUGGGCACUGUGUUGAUGAAGUUAAAUUAUGUGAUGGCAACAAGGAUUGUGCUGAUGGAGCUGAUGAAAAAAAUUGCUCUUCAAAUUUGUGUCCGUCUUUGGGAUGCCAGGCUGGAUGUCGCUCUUCUCCAUCUGGUGGUAUCUGUACCUGUCCUGUUGGAUACAAAUUAGAUGAGCGUUUUCAUAGAACUUGUUUGGAUAUAAACGAAUGUACUGAGUGGGGAUAUUGCGACCAAGGCUGUCAGAAUCACCGACCUGGCUUUACCUGUUCUUGUCUCGGUGACUGUUUUGAUCUGGAAAUGAUGCACGGUCCAGGGAAAGAUAAUCUUACUAUGAGGGGGUAUUGUUUAUCGAAGAACGCUGAUAAAAUGCGCCUUUUUAUUGCGCGGAGGGAAGGACUGUACAGGUUUGCACCUCAUGAUGUACCAAAUAGCGAGAAGAAGAUUGUGUCUGGCGAGUUUUUGUAUGGUGUGGGUUAUGAUUAUGGUGACAAAAAAUUAUUCUGGACUGACCGUUUGUCACACUCUGCAUUCAGUGCUGAUAUCGACGAUGAUUUUAAUGUUGACCACAUACGGAAGCUCGACCUUAAAAGUCUAGUAUAUCCCCGAAAUCUAGCUGUUGAUUGGAUUGCCAACUUGUUGUACAUAGUGGAAUCUGGUUCACGUCGCAUUGAUGUGUCGCAGUUUGACGGUGAACGGCGAACGGUUCUGAUUGCUGAUGGACUUACGCUACCACUAGAUAUUGCACUAGACCCACUUCGAGGAGAGAUGUUCUUCACAAACCAGUUUAAGUUAGAGGCAGCAGCAAUGGACGGCACUCGUCGGCGUACUCUGAUAGAUACCCAUACUCACCAAGUUAGUGGUGUAGUUGUUGAUCUUACUGGCAAGCGAGUUUACUGGGUUGAUCCAAAAGUAGAUCGAGUUGAAUCUGUAGAUUAUAACGGUCGUGAUAGAAGGAUUGUGGCACAGGGAAUGAAUAUGGUACCACAUCCGUUUGGUUUGACUAUAUUUGACCAAUAUCUGUACUGGACUGACUGGACUCGCCUUGGAGUUACAAGAGUGGAAAAGUUUGGCUCAACUCCUGAAAUUUUGGAAAAUAACGUAUUUCCAAUGGGUAUUACCGCGUAUCACGCUAUGGCUCAACCUGGUCCACAACAAAGUGACUGUCUAGGGAUGAAAAUUGAUAACCCGUGUAUAGAGGCUGACUGCCAGGGAAUGUGUUUAUUGACGAAGGAUGCUGGUGGAUUCGGUGUCGGUUAUAGAUGUGCUUGCCCAAUUGGACAAAGGUUAGUAGAGGGAAAAAAGUGCGUCGAUUCCACUGAAUAUCUCCUGUUCAGCAGCAACAAAAUCGUACGCGGUAUUUUUCCAGAUAUGGAAAGCUCUCUAAGCGAGGCAAUAUUACCAAUUUCUCCUACCUCACAACGUCGUAUUGGAAUGUACUUUGAAGUUGAAUGUGAUGUUCACGGCAAUAGCUUCUUUUACGCAGAUAUAAUGGAUAAUACAGUUUACAGAGUUCGUCCAGAUGGGGAAGGAUUAGCACCUGUUCUCGUCACACACAAUGAUGGGUUGGUAUCUAUGUCAUUUGACUGGUUGUCGAAACAGCUGUAUUACGUUGACAAUAUUCGCAAUAGCCUCGAAGUGGUGAAGAUAACUGAACAGGGACUGGUUAACACUGAAGAUCUCGUCCACAGACAGCUGUUCAGUGGGCUUCGCGAUCCUGUUGCAGUUGCUGUACAUCCUUGGCAGGGACUUUUGUUCUUUGCAGAAGCUCAAAGACCUGCGAAGAUUCUACGAUGUCACAUUGAUGGUUCUAAUUGUAAGGUUAUUCGCAACAAUACGAUUGGCAGACCUUCAAGUUUAGCAAUAGACUUUGUUAACCAAAGACUCUGUUUUGGAGACACUUUGUUAAAGACUAUUACCUGUAUGAAUCUGGAUGGAUCAAACUCUACGGCACUCCCAAUUGACAAUCCAAUUCCUGUCGCUAUUACAAUUUUAGGAGAGGAACUAUAUUACGUACAUCAGAGACCGUAUUCUAUUCGUAAAGUAAGCAAAACUACUGGCGGAACAAGUCGUGUUGUUAGAGAAUUUUCUGGUGAAGAACGAAGUAUCUUCUCAUUAAAGGCUUGCUCACGUUCAAAUCAACCGAUCCCGGAUGCAUCUGUAUUUCAUCCUUGUCAUAAAAGCGAUUGUGCUCAGUUGUGUUUUGCCGUCCCAGACUUAUCGCAAUCAUCCGACGCACCAUCACUUGUAAAAAAAUGUGGAUGUAAACAAGGAUACAAAGUAAACCAAGAAGACCUUCGAUCUUGCCUUCCUGAUCCAACUCAGCCGGUUGAGGAGUUAUGUGCAAGCAAUACCACCCAGUUCCGGUGCACUAAUGGUCGAUGUAUACCUAACGAAUGGAAAUGUGACGGUGAAGAUGACUGUUUAGAUGGUAGUGAUGAGAAAGGCAGUGAUGGAAAAUCAUGUUUUGUUGAGAAACAGUGUCCGCCAAAUACUAUCCGUUGUAACAAUACCAAGAAGUGUAUUCCCCAACAGUACGCCUGUGACGGAGAUAAUGACUGUGGCGACUAUUCGGAUGAGGAUGUCAAAUAUUGUAAAAAUGGAGAAGCUCCUGUUUGUGCUGCUAAAAAAUUCCAAUGUGAUAACCAUCGUUGUAUUCCUGAGCAAUGGAAAUGUGAUUCUGACAAUGACUGUGGCGACGGAUCGGAUGAGAAAUUGGAGAUGUGUGCCAAUGUAACAUGCUCUGUGAAUCAGUUUACUUGUAACAAUGGUCGUUGUAUUCCUGUCUAUUGGCUUUGCGAUGGUGAUAAUGAUUGCUAUGAUAAUACCGAUGAGGAUAAGGAAAGGUGCCCACCAAUUCAGUGUCGUCCUGAUCAGUUUAGAUGCGCUGAUGGCCGACAAUGUAUUUCGCUGAAGAAUCACUGUGACGGACAAAUGGAUUGUGAGGACGGCUCUGAUGAGGACAGCUGCUUACUACAACAAGGCCAGUGCAAGAGCAAUGAAUUUACGUGUGUUACAAGCGGCUUCUGUAUCCCAAUAGCCUGGAAGUGCGAUGGACAACAGGAUUGUGAAGACGGUAGUGAUGAACCGGCCGGUGCGUGUGGUAUUGUGCAGUGUCCGGCAAAUCAUUACAAGUGUGAUAAUGGACGGUGCAUCUUCAACACGUGGUACUGUGACGGAGAAAAUGACUGUGGUGACAACAGCGAUGAGGACGCCAAUCAUGGAUGUCAGAAGAAUCAACAACUGAGUGUUCGCUGCCCAUUUGAACACGCGCCUGAUAUCUGCAUACCUCUUCACCAGUUUUGUGAUGGCAAGGAUCAUUGUCCUAGUGGCAGCGACGAGGGCGGCAGAUGCUCAAGAGAUUUAUGUGCCGCUGACAGGGCUGGUUGCACUUAUAAAUGUCAUAUGCGUCCUGACGGUCCUUUCUGCUCAUGUCCUUUCGGAGAACAACUAAUAAACAAAACUCGCUGUGAACCGGAAAAUGAAUGUCUGGACCCGAGAACUUGUAGUCAAAGAUGCACAGAUGAAAAACACGGUUACACGUGUAGUUGCGAUGAGGGUUAUACACUUGAACCUGAUAAGAAGACUUGUAAAGUUUCCGAAAAUCGUCAGGAUAUGAGAAUCUAUGUUUCAAAUCGUAACAGAAUUUAUUGGUCUGAUAGUCACUUGGAGAACUGGAGGACAUUUGCCGCAGAAGUUGAGAAUGCUAUAGCUUUGGCAUGGGAUUCUGUCGAAGAUAAAAUAUAUUGGUCCGAUAUUCGAGAAAAGAAAAUUUAUUCGGCGACAAGGAAUGGCACAAAUGUCACUGUAUUUGUUGGGGAGGGUCUUGAUAUUACUGAAGGAAUAAGUUUGGACUGGGUGGCUAGAAAUCUUUACUGGGUGGAUUCGAGCCUUAAUACGAUCGAAGUUGCUUCUUUAGAGAAUUCUAGCGCUAGGGUAGUUUUGAUUCAUGAGAACGUUGACCAGCCACGUGGGAUAGCUGUUGAUCCUCGGAAGGGGUUGUUGUUUUGGACCGACUGGGGACAAAAACCGCGGAUUGAGAGAGCUUAUAUGGAUGGUUCUGAUAGAAGGAUCAUUGUCGAUGUUAAAAUUUACUGGCCUAAUACAAUCGCGUUGGAUUUCACUUCCGAUCGAGUUUAUUUUGCUGACAGUAAACUUGAUUACAUUGACUUCGUUAAAUAUGAUGGUAGUGGCCGUACUCAAGUUCUCUCAUCACCAAAAUUUGUGCAGCACCCGCAUGCUUUAACCAUCUUCGAAGAUAUGAUUUACUAUAGUGAUAGACGUCUGCAGAGGCUGCAACUGUAUCCUAAAUAUCCAAAUGGAACUUCGCGAGACUACCCAUCACAUACUUUCUCAAAAGCGCUUGGCGUAGUUGGGGUACAUCCUGUUCUUCAGCCUCCCGUUAAAAAUAAUCCAUGCGCUGGACGUCCAUGCUCAGAUUUGUGCCUUAUCGGAAGAAAUAUGACAUUUACAUGCAAAUGUCCGUUAGGAAAAAUAUUAGGUGCCGAUGGUAGAAAUUGUGCCCUCGAUACAAAACCAUUUCUUCUUGUCAUACAAAAGACAAACAUAUUUGGAAUGCAAAUAAAUCCUCCAAACAAUGGCACUCCUGGUUUAGCAGGAAUGGUUCCUCUUGCUGGGCUCAGCAAUGCAUACGAUGCUGCGUUUGAUCAAGAAAAUAAUGAGCUUUAUUAUCUGGAGCACUCUGUAACUGGGCGGCUCCUCAGUGGUGGUACCAACACGGAAGCGAGAAUCGUUAAGGCUUCAUUUAGUACCUCAAAUCGUACGAAAAUUAUGGCAUCGCUUGUCAUUGACGACCCGUACUGUAUGGCUCUUGACUGGAACUCACUGAACCUCUAUGUUGGAAAUAAGAUUUCUCAAACAAUUGAAGUAGUUCGUACUCAAGGGAAACAGCAUCGCGCUGUGAUUCUGCAUAACGAUCAGUCGCCAUUAACAGUUGCACAACCGGUAGCUAUUGCGAUUGACUCCGACAGAGGAAUCCUGUUUUGGUUAGAUAGGGGUAUUGGAGGUUCACCACCAAAGCUCGCUCGAACAGACUUGGAUGGAAAAAAUGGUUUGGUUGUUGUCGCCAACGAUAUAAGUGAAGUUGACCAUAUCGCCCUAGAUACUAUUAACCAGAGAGUUUAUUUUUCUGAGGCGAAGGCUGGAAGGAUAGCUUCUACGAUGUACGACGGACAAGACAAACGUUACGUAUUAAAUGAUCCUGGAAAACAGCCUCUUGGCCUGGCUUUUUUCGGCCACCGUCUUUUUUAUGCUGAUAGUGCCUUUGAUUCUAUAGAAGUAGCAUCAGUUGGUGACGAUCAGACGCCGCAGUUUAAGAAAUUUAAGGCAGACGUUGAACAACUGGUUAAUCUGCAAAUGGUUGUCCCAAGAAAAAAUGUUGGCUCUCAUCCUUGCCAGAUUGAAAAUGGAAAUUGUGAACAUUUAUGUAUAUCAAAGCAAUAUUCGCAAUUCCAAUGUAUGUGUGCAACUGGGUUUGUGUUGGAUGGAGAAACUCGGUGCAAGCUUUUUGACAAAUCAUUCCUACUUGUUGCUUCCAAAACUAAAGUGAUUGGAAUUCCACUCAACGAGGACCAUGCGAAAGCUGUCGCUAUGGAACCUAUCGGUGGCUCUGCAAUUACUGCUGUUGAUUUUGAGUAUGAAAGCAAGUCAAUUUUCGUUGCUGAGUCUGCUGGUCCUAAUAGAGGAAUUCUACGAUAUACUUUGGGUGGCGGUGAAGUAAAGAACAUAGUAAAAGACUCAUUUGGCUCGUUUACGAUAAGGAGCAUUGCUGUGGACUGGGUCAAUUACAACAUUUAUUUUAUCAAUGUUGAUGCUGAUCGCACUCAUCUGGAAGUUUGUCAGCUUGAUGGAAAGCAUCGUAAAAUUUUAUUAUCUACAAAAACUGAAACUCCAACUUCAUUAGCAGUUGACCCCGUGGCUCGAUAUUUGUACUGGGCUGAUCAAGGACAGAAUCCGUCGAUUCAGAGGUCUUAUCUCGAUGGUUCAAAUCGGCGAGUUAUAGUUCAUGAAGGAAUUUCGGAGCCUACUGAUUUGGUAGUUGAUCCAAACAGCCACAUGAUUUACUGGUCUGACGCGAAGCUGGAUGGAAUCUAUCGGGUGCGAUCUGAAGGAGGUACUCCAGAGCUUGUUCGUGCAAAUGUUGCGUCUGCUGUUGGUAUUGCAGUAUUUGGAAGUACGGUUUACUGGGCAGACAGUAGGCUCGAAAAAGUGUUUUCUUCGAUGAAUCAUCCGAACCAAACUUCUUCCCUGCUUUUGCCAACAACUAUGGCUGCCGGUCUUCCUGACCUUGGAAAUGUCGUAGUUUUUGAUGAAACAGUACAGUCUAAAGUGUCAUCGCCAUGUCAUUUAACUGACAACUUACGUAAAAGUCCUUGUCCUCAACUAUGUUUUGCUGCCAUUGGUAGCCAAAAUCCAGUCUGUGCCUGCGCACGAGGUGUUCUGAAAGGAAGAUCUUGCGAAGAGCCAGAAACGUACCUUCUUUUUGCUGAUGGCGAGCGCAUAGUUGAUGCGCCAAUUGAACCAGAUGUAAAGGCUUCAAGGCCUUUGAAGGAGCCUCUUCCUUUUGUUGACAACCUUCAAGUAUUUGACGUUGAUAUCAAUUUGAAACGGAUUUAUUAUGUAACCGAAUCUCCGGUGGGCGCUAACAUAUCGUGGUUCGCUAUGAAUCAACCAAGCAAACGGAGGUAUUUGGUUAUUUUUGGACCAAUGAAGUCGAAAUUGCCAGAAAGUAACAUACGGCACGUUUCUGACAUGAAGCUGGAUUGGCUAACGCAAAAGAUUUAUUUCACUACAGGAAGAAGCGGUAAAAUAUAUGCACUUGAUACAACUGGAGAGCACAUUGCAACUAUUGCAAAUGGAGACUGGACUUAUGCUUUGGCCCUAGAUCCAUGCGCCGGUCUUAUUUUCUGGUCUGACAGCGGAUAUAAAAUUUCAGGAGGGGCUUAUGAGCCUCGUAUUGAGCGAUCAAAUAUGGCCGGCGGUGAUCGAGAAAUAAUAAUUAAAGAAAGCAUAAGUUUGCCGGCUUCGAUUGCUUUAGAUUUUAGAGAACAACGGAUUUACUGGGCUGAUGUUAAUCGUCUGAGCAUUGACUCCUCAGAUUACGACGGUAAAAACAGAAGGACGAUUGGGAUCGGUUAUAGGGCGAAAAGUCUUGACAUUUGGGGCUCUUGGCUGUAUAUGAGUGAUCCGUUAGCUAAUGGUAUCUUUCGCAUGAAUAAGGACACUGGCGGUGAAUACGAAAAUGUUGUGCCUGACAGACGUGUUCCAUCUACACUUCAUGUAUUCGCUUCUGAAACAGAUUUACAGACUCGGACACAAUACUGCAACUCAUUUACUUCUAAUCUGUGUAAAAAAAAUAAUGGUGGCUGUGAGCAGUUAUGUCAUGUAGUUGCAACAGAUGUCGGUCUUUUUGCUUCUAAAGUACAGUGCUCAUGCAAUGAUAGUUACGUAUUAGUAGAGGAGAAGUUACCUGGAAAGGAUAUUCCAACGCAGUGUGUUCCUAAGGAUGCGUCUAGAGUGGUAAAAGAAUUUAACUGUCUACCACCAUACAACUUCCAAUGCGGCGACGGAAUGUGCAUCUCACUGAGCGAAACUUGCAAUGGACGACAAGAUUGUUCUGAUGGAUCAGAUGAGCAUCCCACUUACUGCAAUUCACGAGUUUGUCCUGAGAAGUAUUUCUUGUGUAAAAACAGAAGAUGUAUUGAAAGCGAGCGUCAGUGUAACGGCGUUGAUGACUGUGGCGACAACUCAGAUGAAAGCGAAUGCGGCAAACCCGGUUUGAUUGCCUGUCCUACAGGCCAAUUCGCCUGUUCAAAUGGUCACUGUAUUAACGAAACUAAGGUUUGUGAUGGUCAUAAUGACUGCCAUGACGAAAAAGUGUCAGAUGAAAGCAAGGAAACGUGUCCGGAUCUGCCUAUUAAUUGCCGAGGUGUACGUAUUCACUGCCCAAAUACAAACAUCUGUAUACAGCCUGCUGAUCUCUGCGACGGAUACGACGACUGUGGUGAUAAAGCUGACGAAAACAAACUGUUCUGCAUGAACCAGCCUUGUGCCACUCACUACGUUCGAUGCCCAAGUGGAAGAUGCAUUCCGGAAACUUGGCAGUGUGAUGGCGACAAUGACUGUGGAGAGGGAGCUUGGGACGAGACUCAUGCAAAUUGUACUGAUGAGCAUGGCAAAAGAGUUUGUUUGGGCGAAUAUCUGUUCCAGUGCCAAAACGGAAAGUGUAUAAGUCGCGCGUUUAUUUGCGAUGGUGAAGAUGACUGUGGAGAUUCAAGCGACGAAAGUUCACUUCAUAAUUGUGGGAAUCGAACCUGUUCGGAUCAGGAAUUUCACUGUAAAGCCAAUGUUCAUCUGUCUCAGCCCAAGUAUGAAUGCAUACCUAAAACUUGGUUGUGCGAUGGUGACGUAACUUGUGCAGAUGGUGAAGAUGAGAGCAAGGAGCUUUGUGGUGUUGAAAAGAAAGAGUGUAACAAAGGGGAGUUUAGAUGUGCAAACAAUCACUGUAUUCAUGCGUCGUGGGAAUGUGAUGGUGACAAUGAUUGCUUGGAUGGGUCUGACGAACAUCCAAAUUGCACGUAUUCUCAGUGUCAACCAGAUUUUUGGCAAUGCGCGAACCAUAAAUGCAUUCCUAACAGUUGGAAAUGUGAUGGAAAUGAUGAUUGCGAUGAUGGCAGUGAUGAGAAGGAUUGCAAUCACUCUUUAGAGGGAACGGUAUGCUCUCCAGGAGAAUUUCGUUGUAGAGAUGGUACCUGUAUUAAUUCAACAAAAGUAUGUGAUAGAAUAUAUGACUGCGAAGAUCAUUCUGAUGAGUCUUCAAAAUGCCAUAUAAAUGAAUGCGCGAUUGCUGAAAAGCCUUUAUGUGAACAGAAGUGUGUCGACUUGCCUAUAGACUAUAAAUGCGAGUGUUAUGAAGCCUUUGUUUUGGACAAGGACGACAAAAAGUCUUGUCAUGAUAUUGACGAAUGUGAAGAAGGAACUUCGUUGUGUAGUCAACACUGCGAAAAUAAAAUUGGUAGUUACAAAUGUUCUUGUGUUGAGGGCUAUUUGCUGGAAAACGAUGAUCGCACUUGCAAACGAAUUGAUUCUGAUCCUAUUCCAUGGUUACUUUUCGCAAACAAACAUUAUAUGAGGAAACUGUCAACGGAUGGAACAGAUUACGAACUAGUCGCCAGAGGGUUUGAUAAUGUCAUUUCGAUGGAUGUGGAUAUGGUGGAGAAAAAGGCAUACAUCGUUGAUUCUGGUAAACUGCGGGUUUAUAGAGUUGGGCUUAGCGAGAUUAGUCGAUCUAUCUCCACUUACGAAGUGGUGCUAAGGCACAACGUUUUUGGUAUAGAAGGGAUAGCUGUUGAUUGGAUUGGCCGCAAGUUGUACUUUAUGAACAGACAAGAAAGAUCUAUUCGUGUUUGCGAAUUGGAUGGAACUUUCUGCAAAUCUUUAAUUAGAGAUCGAAUAACACAACCUAAGGCUAUUGUUGUUCAUCCUGGCAAAGGUUAUUUGUAUUUCACGGAAUGGAGCUUACAACCUUACAUCGGGCGAAUGUCUAUGGAUGGUUCUCCAGAUCUUGCAGAUCCUAUUGUUAAAUUAGCAGAAAACGACUUGGGAUGGCCAAAUGCAUUAACUAUAGAUUUUUAUUCUGAUAAGCUCUUCUGGGGUGACGCUCAUUUGAAUGAAAUUGGCUAUAUGGAUUUAGAUGGAGGAGCACGACACCAUAUUCCUGCUAAGCGAACAUCCCAUGUUUCGUCCAUGACUGUCUUUGAUGAUUUUCUUUAUUGGUCGGACUGGAACUUGAGACAAAUAAUGCGGGCAAAUAAAUGGACAGGAAAGAAUGAGAUGCCAUUGGUCACAACCUCACAACUGCCAAACGAUCUGAGGGUGUGUUUUGUGAGAUGUAAACUUACCGAUUAUACCAAUAAUGGAGGUUGUUCUCAUUUGUGUUUAAUAACUGUUGGAGCCAACGGUUAUUCUUGCGCCUGCCCGGAUCAGUUCAUUCUUCUCUCUGACAAUAGAACAUGUAAGCCUAACUGCACUGAAAGACAGUUCGCCUGUGGCGGUGACGAUGCUAAGUGCAUUCCAAAAUUGUGGUACUGUGACGGUGAACGUGACUGCAGAGAUGGUAGUGAUGAACCUGGAAAAGACAUUUGCGGUCCACGCAUUUGUCCUGUGGGUGAAUUCCAGUGCAAUAACCACAACUGUACAAGACCUUUCCAACUGUGUGACGGUAAUGAUGACUGUGGUGAUGGAUCAGAUGAGGUUGACUGUGAUAAGCCAUGUGAUUCUUGGAUGUUUAAAUGCGUUUCCACCGGAAAAUGCAUUCCGAAGCGAUUUACUUGUGAUGGUGAUGACGACUGCGGUGAUCGCUCUGACGAAUCAGACGCUGUCUGCAAAAAUCCUUUACGGAAUUGUACUGCUGAAGAGUUCAGAUGUACCAAUCAUAAGUGUAUCCCCAAAGCUUGGAAAUGUGACAAUGAUGAUGACUGUGGUGACAAGAGCGACGAGCCUCCAGAAUGUGCUAACAUUGAAUGCAGGAAAGGUUGGACGCGAUGUGCUACAUCAUACAGAUGUAUUCCUGACUGGGCAUUCUGUAAUGGCCAAGAUGAUUGUCGUGAUAAUUCUGAUGAAGUAAUUGAAAGGUGUCCAAAGUGUGAUGAUAUUGGCGAAUUCAGGUGUGCAACCACUGGCAAAUGUAUUCCAAGAAGAUGGAUGUGUGACAGCGAAAACGACUGCGGCGAUGAUUCUGAUGAGACAGACGCAUCUUGCGGUGGAACGUCUAGGCCUUGUUCUGAAUCGGAGUUCCGUUGUAACGAUGGACGCUGCAUACCUGGCAACAAAGUAUGUGACGGCACUGUGCAAUGCAGCGAUGGGUUAGACGAGUCCCAGUGUAAGAAGAGACAAUGCAAUGCAGGAUAUAGGCAGUGUGAUGACGGAACUUGUAUUCCAGAACAUCGAUGGUGCGAUCGUCGAAAAGAUUGUCCAAACGCGUCGGAUGAGCUUCACUGUGAAGACUACGUAAAUCGUCGCGCGUGUAGUCCUUUUGAAUUUGAAUGUACCAAUUCUGUUUGUAUUCCGCAAAAGUUUACGUGCGAUGGCGACAACGACUGCGGAGACAAUUCAGAUGAGACUAAUGAGCAGUGCAAGAGUGCUUCUUGUGAUCCGCCUCUUCGGUUCCGAUGUGCUCACUCGAAGUUAUGCUUGAAUAUACUUCAGCUUUGUAACGGCGUUAACGAGUGUGGUGAAAAUGAUUUCUCAGAUGAACAUUUAUCGAUGUGUAUUUCAUUUUCGGAAUAUGGGGACUGUUCAGCAAAUCAGUUUAAGUGCGCCAAUGGCAAAUGCAUUAAUGCAACGCUUGCAUGUGACCGUAAUGAUGAUUGCGGUGAUGCCAGUGAUGAAAUUGGAUGUACUAAGAGGCAAGGUAGGACUUGUGAUACAAAUCAUGCAAAUGGGGGCUGCAAACAUUUGUGUACGGACGUUCCUGGGGGAUACUAUUGUCACUGUCGCGACGGAUUCCAACCUGAUCCUAUGGAUCCAUAUGACUGCGUUGACAUCGAUGAGUGUGCCGGUAAUAACACUUGUACUCAGCUCUGUUUGAACACCAAAGGGUCGUAUCUAUGUAGCUGUUUGGAGGACUAUGAAAAUAACGUGGUUGUUGGAGCAAUGACUGGAAAAGACUGCAGGGCAAAGGGUGACUCGGCCGUAGUCAUGGUGGCUUCCGAUAGUGCAAUGCUUCAAUUAAGUCUGACGCAUUCGAACGGAGCUAAUCGACAUGCCGCAGCAAACUCGGGAGAUGAAAACAAUAUAAUUGCGAUCGACUUUGACCCUCGUCGUGAACUGAUGUUCUGGAUUGACACUCAACAAAAUAAAAUAUUUAGAUCAGCAGUUGCAAAAGGCAACCAGUCACAUAUUGGACAGGCUUUGGAUAUUGACUUCAAUGAACUAAAAGUUUCGCCUUCUGCGAUUGCGGUUGACUACCUUACUGGAAAUUUGUAUAUUACUGCAGUAACGAACGGAGAAGAUCUAGAAGUAUAUUCGCGUAGAAAGCGGAUGUCAGAGCCAAGGAAAGAUAGCAAUGGAGCUGUAUUUGUUGCGAAAUCUGACGGGCGGUAUUUGAAGAAAGUGGUCGCAGGUCGUUUGCAGUUGCCAACUGCUUUGGUUGCAUUACCUCAGUUGGGUCGCAUUUGCUACGCGGAUGCUGGAACGGACGCAAAAAUUGAAUGUGCUGAUAUGGAUGGCAGACAUCGAGAGGUAAUUGUUAGAGAUUUUGUUUUUUCACCCACGUCCAUGGCUGUUGAUGAGGGGAAGGAUAAUCGUAUUUACUGGGCAGACCCAAAAUAUCAUAAAGUUGAAUCAGUUUUGCCUAAUGGUACUAAACGUUGGACUGUAGUUCAUGACAGUAGGGCGCCAUGGUGUAUUGACGUUUUUGAGAACAAUCUUUACUGGGCCUCAAAAGAUACGCAAAAUCUUUACGUACAGGAUAAAUUUGGCAGAGGGCGUGUGCACGUUCUAGCUUCGGAUUUACGUAAUGCGCAUAGUGUUAGAAUACAACAUAGGUUCGCUCGUGAUGUUGCCCGUGCUUCAUCUGCAUGUCAGCAGGCUAAUUGUUCGCAUUUAUGUGUGGAGUUGCCAGGCAAAAACUACGCUUGUUUGUGUCCAGGAAAUAAUGAACCUUUAGAUGAUGGUUCUUGCGCAUCACCGAAGAUAGAAGAACUGUUUGUGCCAAAACAGUGUUUAUGUCAGAAUGGUGGAGCAUGUAAACUGGACGGAACAUGCGACUGUGGCGAUUUUGAAGGGGAGUUCUGUCAGAAGGCACCAACUGUGUCAAGACAGCUUAUUGGAUUUUCGAGUACGAAUGCAGCUUUAAUAUUUCUGCUGUUGGCAGCAUUGAUUGUUUGUCUUGGCAUGGUGGCAUUCUUUGCUGUUAAUAUAUACAAAAAGAGAGUUUUACUUUUCAAAAAGAAUGAAGAUGCAGAUGGUACGGUUUCCUUCCAUGGGAAUGUUAUCUCAUUUAGCAACCCUGUAUUGGACCAGAAACAGACAGAUGGGACACCUGUUGAAUACAGUAUGGCUCAACUGAGUGCAGAUGCUACUCAGUCAUCGACUACGUUUUCAAAUCCAGUAUACGAAAUGGAAGAGUCCGGUCCUCCAACUUCUAAUUCUGCCAAAGAUUCUUCUUCGCAGUCCCAGUCGUUCACUAAUACUGACAUUAAGCCAGAGCCGUCUUCUUCAAUAAUUGGUAAAACUUGCUCUUUCUGGCAUGCAUUUUACAGACAGUUUCUUUAUGUUAUUUAA